AUGUCAACCAGUGUUUCAGCCACUGACAAGCUUAGCUUUGUGCCAUCGAAGAGUGUGACGUUUAUGCCAAAUGGAUCCAAACAGAUGGCUGAAAUGACAAUUACUAACGAGUCAGACAAGAGCGUUAUGUUUAAAAUGAAAAGCACCAGACCGGGAAUGUUCAAGAUGCGGCCAGUUUACGGAGCAACCACUGUUCGUCUUAUUUUCAAAGGGCUCAAGCCAGGACAAGAAGCGCCAAGAAAAGAAAGAUUUACUAUUGUCGCUGCUAUUGCACCUUCAGCAUGUGUGGAUACCGAAAAAAUUUGGAAGUCACACAAAUAUCAAGAGAAGCUCAUUGAAAGUGAACUGGGGAAAAAGAGGUUUAAAAUACUGUUCUUUGGUAUAAAUGAUCAAGAGGAGGAUGAUGAAGAUGAGAAGGCCGAGGAGAAAAAAAAGAAGGGUAUCAGUGAGGGAGAUCCAGAUGGUGAAGAUAAGGCCAAGGCGACGGGUGCUGUGCAAAAGGAGAAAAUUGUGGAAAACAUUAUCAUAAAGAAGGAGGUGGUUCAGGCUCCACCGAAGAAACUGGUGAUGGUGAUGUAUCGUGAUCAGAAGCACGAUUCAUUGAGUGGCGACGACGACGAUGACGAUGCAGAUGCCACUGUUGUAACUCAACCUGGGCAGAAACCCGGUCAGGCCGGUCAGAAGCCGCCGUCAACAAGUGGUCCUCCUAUCAAACUUGCCCAGCCGCCAUCGAAUACUGCCAAGUCUACUCAAACCCAACCUCCGAAAUCGGCACCUCCAGCUACAGCUCCGAAAUCGGCACCACCACCACCACCACCCAAGGGUCCCAAUGCUCUGACUGCUACACAGCAGAAGCAGCUAGCUGCCGUGGACGAUGAUCUUGCGGGUGCGAAGACUUGCCGCAUUAACAAGAACUUUGAGCAACGACCAGCAGCACCGGUGGCCGGCAAAUAA